AUGGCGCAAUCGCGCACACGCAAACGAGGCCGAGCGACAGCCAAUCCAGUCGACUCUGAUCAGUCCAACAACUCCAAACGGCCCAGCACGACGAAGACUACACGACCUGCAAAGGAUCGCAACUCCGGCCGGAAUCUUGGAGAAAAGAGCUCAAGAGUGCAGAGUGUCAUCAAAGCGGCGAAGCAGGGCCGCAAGGGAGCGAUUGAUGCCAUCGAGCGAAUUCGAGAGCGAGGAAACGAGGUGCUACUCGUGAUUGAGGAUGAGCGUCGCAGAUCUAAUGAUGGGCCGAACAGCAGGGCAGACGGAGAGAGUGCCGCUUCCCUAGCAACAGAAUAUGCUCUACACUCACACGAUCCCAUCGCAGGCUGCGAGACCUUUGAAGAGGCCAAACGGGCCCUGCAGAGAUUCCAAUCUUUGGCGACUCGCUUCGACGCCGUCACUGACCAAGACCUUGGCCCCACGGAGCCGAGAUGGAUGCGCUGGAAGCAGGACGUUGUCGACCUUACUGCGCUCAACACCAAGGCCAGGAAGCUCUCUCAUCAAAUUAUUGAAGGGCACUUGGCUCCGACUGGUUGGCUCGAGUUAACAAAUCCACAGAGAGAUGGCGAAGACCAGGAGUUGGCGCAGAUUGCUAUCGAAAUUGUGGAAGAAGCCGUGCCUAGAGGGGCUGCAACGUGGGGGACGGCAGCGGCGCAGCUUAUUGAUGUCUACGGAAGAGUUUUGAAGGAUACUUUUUAA